AUGACGGCCGAGGCCACCCGAAUCCCAGCGCUGUACCCGGACGAGCUGCUUGAAAAUGUGACCGGCUUCCCCACAAUAUACCAUUUUCAAUCCAGCCAGCAACAAGCCAAUGGCAGUGAGAAAACAAACCCAUUAGUGGUCUGCGCUCCAGGGUCUAUGCACCUUGCCAGAAUAUUUUACGGCGGACACGAAGGAUCAAAAAGAAGUGACUUUUUGGCAUACCAUCUCAGCAACCAUGGAUUCAACGUUCUAUCAGUGUCUUACCCACUCGAAUCAAGUCCUGAACUCAUGCCAGCCACAGCUCCAACCUUUCGAAUUCAAGACUGGGGUCACCAAGUAGCCACAAUUGCCAAGAAAGUCAUCGAGGACAGAGACCUGUCGACACGGUCUAUUAUUUUGAUACCAUGGAGUAUGGCGGGGCGAAUGAUCGUACCAUUCAAUAUAUCAGCAAAGGAGCUCGGACUGAAUGUACAGCAAAUAGUCAGUUUUGCUGCUACGCCGGGUAUAUCGAGCAUUCGCAAUCCUGCACCUGGAAUGGCCUGCAGUGAAGCAGGGUCGAAGCUAUGGGGGGAAUUCAAUGAUAAGCAGAUUCCUAUUCCUCGGGAAAUAUUCUUACGUGAAUAUGUUGGAGGAACUCCGAUCAAUCUCACCGGUGUGCAGUUGAAAUAUAAUGGACAAGGCUCUUUUAUUGCAGAUGAAAUGACUCAUGAAGAGGAUACGAAGGUCUUUGAUAUAGCCAAUAUCCCUUUCAUCACGGCUCUAUACCCGACUAGUAUACUUGAUGCUAGCCAUGCUCUUGCAGACAGGGCCACUUGGGGCUUCUUGCUUACCUAUCAACUGGAAGCGAUGAUUGGGAAACAAGGAUUACAGAAGGUACAAGGGACACUCAAAUGGCAGACGUUAAUGGAUUUUGUUCAUUCUGCGCCGGAUCGACUGUUCUCUCCAGUGCAGGGUAGCCAUUUCUUCUUCGUUGGAGAGAAUUCUGCUCGGAAUGCGGCAAGGAAGGUGGUGAAGCUUAUCAAUGAUGCGAAGGACUUCCAAAAAGAGCUCUCGGAAAUUAUAUCAUAG